AUGUCGCCGUCACACUUUUCCUCACUGCCUAACGACAUAGCGUGGGAAGUCUUAGCGCGCGUGCCGAAAUGCAAAUACCCACUCCUCGCUUGCCUCUCCAAGAACUUCACUUAUCUCGUUCGUUCCCCGGAGAUUCACAAGAUUCGCUCUCUCCUCCGCAAAGAUUCCCUCUACAUCUCCUUCAGGAACAAAAACUAUCGCGCCCAGAACCCGCGUUGGUACACUCUGCGCAGAGCUGAGAACAAUCCGAGCGAGAACCAGUUCGUCGUCUCCGUCAACCCCGCGCUUCCUAACCAUUACCACCGCAUGCCCUCGAUCGUCGCUCACGGUCCGGAGAUUUUCUUUAUCUGCGGACCGUUCGUGCAGUCGCCAAGCUUUUGGGUCUUUGAUUCUCGAACCGACGUGCUUCGACGAGGACCAACCAUGAACGCGAACCGAACGUAUAAAAGCGUGGGAGUAGUCGGACGCAAGCUAUACGUGGUCGGAGGGGUAAGAUCUAACGAGAAUGUCGCCGAGUCAUUUGACCUAACGACGGAAACUUGGGAGCCAGCGCCGGUCCCUAAGGAAGAAAAGACGUGGCUCGCGUCUGUCACGGUGUCGUUAGACAGGAAGGUGUGUGCGUUGAUGCUCGUUGGAGCCUACACUGUUUGCUACGAUCCUUGGGAUGGUUCUUGCGACAGUUUUGCUUUGCCUGAAGAUAAGUGGUGGAAAACGGGUGUUUGUGUGAUGGAGAAUGUGCUCUACGUUUAUUACGCUAGAUUCGGGCUGAUGUGGUAUGACACUGAGCUGAGGUUAUGGAGAGUGGUGAAUGGUUUGAGUGAUGUCAAAAAGGUUCGAUCCGUUGGGAUGGCGGAAUACUAUGGAAAGGUGGCGCUUUUGUGGAAAGAACAUGGUGGUUGUGGAAAGGAGAUUUGGUGUAGAAUGAUUGCUAUGGGUAAGUGUGAAGAAGGGGUCAAGGGGACUGCAGAAUCGGCUCAACUUCUGGGGAGUGUCCCUGAUGGCUACAGAAUGGACCAUUGUCUAUCAGUUUCAGACUAA